UGUAACCUAAACGACGCGUUUGUAAGAGAAAUAACAGAAGCAAAUUUCAUUUCGAAUUCGUCUUUCCCCCGCCCGAGUCAUUUGCCCUCUUCUCCCCUCCCUCAAAUCUCCUCUUCCGACGGCGUCUGUGGUUUCCUUCACCGGAAAACUCGUCUCUAUCUCUCACUCACAAACGCAUUGAAACAGUGACGGGCUAACUGACGCGUGGGUCUCAGGCACAGCUUUGGAACUUGGUAUUACACUUUGGUUGCGCGUGGGUCUCUGUAUGCAAGUUGCCUGCCUCUCUGCAAAUAGAGAAGUAUACUUGCGUAAUUGCAUCUAUUAAAGCCCAUAUAAAGCUGGUUUGUGAAGGGAUCCGGGAGCUACUUCAACUUCCCACAGAUAGUUUAAAUAGCCUGAUGGGCAAAGGGGAUGAUGGAAGGCCACCGAGGCCUACUACAUCGAUGUCAUUGAUCCAGGGAUAUUACGGUCCCGUAAAUCCAUACUACCCACCAUUUAUGAUGCCUCCAAAUACAUAUCCAAAUCCAUAUCUGUACCAUUGGGGUAACCAGCAUCCAUCGAUGCCACCUCUUGGACCAACUCUACCUUACCAUUCGUUGAAUAAUCCUGAGGAGUUCAGAAAAUUUCAAGAGACUAGCCAGCAUCCGUUGAUGCUACCUCUUGGACCGACUCUACCCUACCCUUCGUCAAUGCCACCUCUUGGACCAACUUUGCCCUACCCUCCAUCGAGUAAUCCGGAAGAGUUAAAAAGAUCUCAAGAGAUUAGCCAGCAUCUGUCGAUGCCACUUGUUGGACCAACUCUACCCUACCCUCCAUCAAGUAAUCCGGAGGAGUUAAGAAGAUUUCAGGAGACUAGCCAGCAUCUGUCGGUGCCACCUCUUAGACCAACUCUACCCCACCCUUCGUUGAGUAAUCCAGAGAAGUUAAAAAGGUUUCAAGAGACUAGCCAGCAUCCAUUGAUGCCACCUCUUGGACCAACUGUACCCUAUUCUUCAUCGAGUAAUCCGGAAGAGGUCAAAAGACUUCAAGAGACUAACCAGCAUUCGUCGGUGCCACCUCUUGGACCAACUUUGCCUUACCAUUCGUCGAGUAAUUCGGAAACGUUCAGAGGUUCUGAAGAGACCACACAAAGUGUAAGUGAUUCGUCCACCAUGCCUAAUAGUGCAGAAAGUGAGACGGAUGUUGAAGGUACAUCACAUGCAACUGAUCAAAGCUGUCAUAUUAAUAGCGAGGAUAAAGAAACAUCCAGCAUACUUAAAGAGUCAGAGGGGACUAAUGAUGUAUCUGAUGAGGAUGAACGAGUUGAAAUACCAAAAUCUGGUAUGAAUUUUGCCACUGAGAAAGUGCUUAUGCCUUAUUACAAACGAUAUGCCAAGCAAACAGAUAAAGGAGGUGGCGAAAUAUUUAGUGACUACGUUGAUUGUCAGAACUUUAUAGACAAAGUCGGACACUUAAGGCUUGGUAAAGGAGGUGGCAAAUCACUCUGUGACUACUUUCAUAGAAUGAGGGAGAUGGAUGAUGGUUUUGUUUCUAUUAUGGAUAUGAAUGACGAGUUCAGAGUAAAAAAUGUGUUCUGGGCUGACGCACGCAGUCGAGUGGCAUAUGAGUAUUUUGGAGAUGUUAUUACUCUCGAUACGACGUACCUAACAAAUAGGUAUGGUAUGCCUUUUGUUCUCUUUGUGGGUGUAAACCAUCAUGGCCAAUCUAUACUGUUAGGGACUGGCUUGAUUUCAAGUGAAGACACAAGUACGUUUGUCUGGUUGUUCCGAGCAUGGUUAACGUGCAUGAAUGGUCGGGCUCCCAAAGCCAUAAUAACAAAUUAUGACCGAGCAAUAAAGAGUGCUAUUUCUACUGUAUUUCCAGAUACUCGUCACAGAUAUUGUCUUUGGCACAUCAUGCAAAAGCUUACAGAAAAAUUGGGAUCCCACACCCAAUUCAAUGUUGGGUUGAAAACUUCUAUUGAGAGUGCUUUAUAUGAUUCACAAACUUGUGGGGAAUUUGAGGAUAAGUGGAGGCAACUACUUAAUAUGUACAAUCUUGGUUCUAAUGCAUGGCUGCAAGGGUUGUAUAACGAGAAGACUUUUUGGGUACCGGUUUACUUGAAAAAUGUAUUUUGGGCUGGUAUGAGCAUUUCAAAACGGUCUGAAAGCAUGAAUGCUUUUUUCGACGGGUUUGUGCAUUCUGGUACAACAUUGAAGGAACUUGUUGAUCAAUUUGACAAUGCUCUAAGGAAUAAGGUGAAGGUCGAGGCAACGUCUGAUUUCAAUUCCUUCAACCAAACAAUUCCAUGCAUAUCCCCGUUUGGCAUUGAGAAACAGUUUCAAAUGAUGUAUACUAAUGCAAAGUUUAAGGAGGUCCAAGAAGAGGUGUUGGGGUUGAUUUUAUGUAACUGCACACUCGUUAGCACUAAAGGUUGUGUUUCCACAUUUGAUGUUUUGGAUCAAAUUUCCAUUGAUGAUGACCAUGUUAAAAAUGUGCAUUAUUCAGUUUACUACAACGAAGAGGAAUGCGAAUUUAAAUGCAUGUGUGCGUUGUUUGAGAUGAGGGGAGUUUUCUGUAGGCAUGCAUUUGCUGUAUGUCGUAUGAAGAAAAUUAAUGUGCUGCCGGAAAAAUAUAUUUUGGAUCGAUGGAGAAAGGAUUUAAAGAGGAGAUACACAUUGGUCAAAAGUAGUUAUGAUGACUUGCGAGACAAUGCAGAUGCACAAAGGUAUGAGGUUGUGGUGAAAAGAUGUUUGAAAUUAGCAAUGCGUGUAUCCCAAAGUGAUGAGCAUUGCAAUGCUUUUUUACGCCUGUUAGAUGAAUUUGAGCAUAAAUUUGAAGGCUUAACAUUUGAGUCAAGACCCUACCCAACCAAUGUUAAAGAAAAAGCAGUCAUGGAGAAAGGUAGAAAGAUAUCAAGCCCCCACGUUCAGGAGAAAAGGAGAACUCCAAUGAAAAGGAAGGUUCCGGUUGUAGAAAUGGUCGCAACCAAGAGAGAAAAAACAGACUUGCAAGAAAAUCUUCGUUGAUGAAUCUCAUUCAAGUGAGCUUCUGCUAUCUCAACUUGUGUUAGUGUUGAUGGUUUUGUUGUUGGAAUCCAACAUAGUAUUGUCACACAACCAACAUUAUCGGACAAUGAGGAGGUGUGAGAAAUGUGACUAAAUUGCAUGUGUGUAAUACUGUUGACAUUCCAAGCUCAAAGGUGUCAUUUCAUGGAGAAGCUGAGGCCAUUUUAGAAUCUGUGUUGUUUUCAUCAAAUUGUUAUUGUGGAGUAGUUGGUAGCAAUGUAAUUUGCAAUUAGUAGCUUCUUGUGCUUUGUAAUUUGUUAUAGUUGUAGUUGUAAUUCUUGUUUAACUUUGCCACUGUAUUUUGAUACACUUUAGUAGCAGGGUUUUAUGUUCUAGCCUAUGUUUGCCACCGUAUGCCAAACAUGAUAUUCGUGUGAUUAGCUUUUGAUUUUGAUGCUUGAUAGGUGUUGGCUGUUGUAAUGGUUUGUGUGAUUAAUCAGGGUCCAGAAUGUCAUAAAUUAGCGUCCAAACACCAAAGAGCAUGCUGGAAGCAAACAUACCAAAAUGACGUUACAUCUUGUAGUACUCCUAUUUUAUUUGUCUUCGGGCAUAAUAUGUAACCUAGCUGUUCUGUGUCAGGAAACUGGAUUCCCCCAGCCUACUCUAUUAUAAAGUGAUUACCCUUGGAUCAUGACAGAUCGUGAUCAUAUUGGAAAUUUGUUA